AGCAUAAUGUUUGAUAUGGCUUUCAUAAAUCAUUGAAUAAUUGUUGAAUAACGACUUAGGCUGCGAUUGUUUACAUCUGUUGUGACUGUGGCUUUUAAAAACAUUUUGCUUAUAAAACUUUAGGCUUUAAGAAGUUGACUGUAACUAAAAAAAAAAGUCUAAAGCCACAGAGUGCUGACUUUUGUAAAACAUGAACGUAACAAGAGGAAAUGUAAUAAAAAUACUUUAAAGGCUUAAAGCCUUACAAGUGGUAAAAGUCUCAACAGCUUAGUCAUGUGGUUUAGUGUUUUGUGCUUAUAAUCCACAAUGUGUUUGUGAUAUGAUUGUAUAUGCUUUGAAAUAUAAUAAGGGGUUUAUGAUCAGUACUACUAUUUUGCUUGAAAAACAUGUGAUUUAAAUAAAGAAAAAAUAAACUAUUUUCCAAAAUACAUCCCACUUGAGUUGGAUUUAUGGAAAUAGACAAAUAAUUGAUGUUAAUAAAUAAUUAAAUAUUCAAAAAAACCUCCGCCGCGUUUAACAACUUGUAAACUUUCGCCCAAUGAAGGCAGAACACGUAUACUAACCCCUUGAUCCACGAUGCUUCGCAAGUUUGCUUGUUCUGUAAUAAAAAGGAAAAUAACAAAGGAGCCACCUGAAACCUUUUCCUAGAAGUUUUGGGGGCAUAACCUUAUUAUUAUUCCUUUUAAAUUCACUGUUCCGCCUCAUCUCCUCCUUCCUCAGGCUUCUUCUUCUUCUUCUCUCUCUGAGCUUAGACCACUUUUAUGGCAAUUGGACACUUGUGCAGCAGUACACACUGUUUCCUUCAACUAGGGAAACAAGAAGACCUUCUCCUCCUUGAUAUUGAAAAUAUGGUUUGCUCUGAGUGCCCUGUUGCCUGCAAGAACGUGAAGCCGCUACAGAAACACAUGUGUUUAACAAUCACCCCUCCACUGAAAGAUAACGUUGACCUUGACUUCUCUGAUGUCUUUGGUCCACUCCCUCAAGAGUCCAGUGAUGUUGUUUUCGACGAGCCUGCUGUUAUCCACAGUCGCUCCCACUCUUUAGUUGGCCCUUCUUCCAUCGUUGACUUAGACAGUGAGAAAGCUCCAGAGGGAGAUGUGGUGGAGGUUUCAGGUGAAGUAGGCAUUGAAGACUUCGAAGUUUUGAAGGUUGUGGGGCAAGGUGCGUUUGGGAAAGUGUUCCAGGUGAGGAAGAAGGACACGUCCGAGAUAUUCGCUAUGAAGGUCAUGAGAAAAGAUAAGAUCAUGGAGAAGAACCAUGCUGAGUACAUGAAAGCUGAGCGUGACAUCCUAACCAAGAUUGAUCAUCCCUUCAUUGUUCAACUUAAAUACUCUUUCCAGACUAAGUAUAGGCUGUAUCUUGUGCUAGACUUUAUAAACGGAGGCCAUCUCUUCUUCCAGCUCUAUCACCAAGGGCUUUUCAGAGAGGACUUGGCUCGUGUCUACACUGCAGAGAUAGUCUCUGCGGUUUCUCAUCUCCAUGAGAAUGGAAUAAUGCAUAGAGAUCUCAAACCUGAGAACAUACUCAUGGACACAGAUGGCCAUGUGAUGUUGACUGACUUUGGUUUGGCAAAGGAGUUUGAAGAGAACACAAGGUCAAACUCAAUGUGUGGGACUACUGAGUAUAUGGCACCUGAAAUCGUUAGAGGCAAAGGUCAUGAUAAAGCUGCUGACUGGUGGAGCGUUGGGAUUCUUCUCUAUGAGAUGCUCACUGGAAAGCCACCGUUUAUGGGGAGCAGAGGAAAGAUACAGCAGAAAAUAGUCAAGGACAAGAUCAAACUUCCACAGUUUCUGUCUACCGAAGCUCAUGCUUUGUUAAAAGGGCUGCUGCAAAAAGAGCCAGAGAGAAGACUUGGAAGUGGACCGAGAGGAGCAGGGGAGAUAAAAGAGCACAAAUGGUUUAAGGGAAUAAACUGGAAGAAGCUGGAAGCUAGAGAAGUGAAGCCAAGUUUCAAGCCGGAGGUAUCUGGAAGACAAUGUAUAGCGAAUUUUGACAAGUGUUGGACUGAUAUGUCUGUGUUGGACUCUCCAGCAAACAGUCCAAGGUCUGAUCCUAAGGCCAACCCUUUUACCAACUUCGCAUACGUCAGACCGCCUCGUUCAAUCCUCAGCCAAGCCACAUAGACUUUGUAGAGGAACCUAAUGCUACUAGAUGGAAAUAUAUUUGAUGUUUAUAAGAUAUACAUAAUCUUAUGUGUCUUGUGGUCGCUUCUUUCUCAACAUGUAUAUUCUUUUCUAUCUCUUAACAAAACAAAAUGUUUAUAAAUCUAAUUAUCAAAGUAAGUGUAUGAAACAUAUGAAUAUGAAUUUAAUAUUGAUC